GUGACCUUUUGAGGUUCAAUGCACUCUUUCUCUGCUAUCUUCAGUCCCCUCCAUUCCGGUGAACAACAACUGAAAUGCAAAUGCAAAUGCAAAUGCUACUUCCACAACCAACUCCCUCUCAUUUUCACACUCCCCUUCCUCUUUCUUCUUCUGCUUCCUCUUUUUUCUUCUUUCAUCUCCCAAAACGAACCCGCAAACCCAAAUUCCUCAUUCGGAGCUCCAAACUCGAACCCGCAACCGACGCCCAAACCCUCCCAACCUCCGCCAUCCAGCGAAUUGCCGAUAAGCUCCGCUCCCUCGGCUUCGUCGACCAAGCUCCGGCGUCUUCCGGGGCCUCCCCUCCGUCGUCAUCCUCCGCCGCCGUUACAGCUGGAGAGAUUUUCGUUCCACUUCCAACCCGCCUCCCGAUUCACCGAGUUGGCCACACCAUCGACCCGAGCUGGAGCACGCCGGAGAAUCCUGUUCCUGUCCCCGGCAUUGCCCUCCUGAGGCAGAACGAGCUCGCCAAGAGGAAGGAAAACGCGGAGGAGAAGAGGAGGAGAGCGAGGGAGGCGGCGCGGGAGAGGGCGCCGACGCUGGCGGAGCUGAGCCUUUCGGACGCGGAGAUAAGGCGGCUGACGACAGCGGGGCUGGGGAUGAAGCAGAAGCUGAAGAUAGGGAAGGCGGGGAUUACCGAAGGGAUCGUGCAGGGCAUACAUGAGAGGUGGAGGCGGUCGGAGGUCGUGAGGAUCGUUUGUGAGGAUAUUUGCAAGUUGAACAUGAAGAGGACUCAUGAUUUGCUGGAGAGAAAAACUGGAGGCCUUGUUGUUUGGAGAUCUGGAAGUAAGAUACUAUUGUAUCGAGGGGUUGAUUAUAAGUAUCCUUAUUUCCUAUCAGAUGAAGUUUCGGGACACAAGAACAUUGAUAAUGUGUUGCAACUUUCAGAGCAUAGUGACGAUAAAGAUUUUGACGAAAGACAGAGCCAUGCAUCUAAAAUGAAUUUAGUUACAAAUGCUGACCAAAGGUCUGACAUCAAAGCAGCAAAGCCAGCUUUGAUAAAAGGUGUUGGUAAUCCUAAUAAAGUACGAUUUGAGUUGCCAGGUGAGGUUGAGAUUGCGGCAGAUGCUGACCAGUUAUUAAUUGGGCUGGGGCCACGUUUUACUGAUUGGUGGGGAUAUGACCCUCUACCUGUUGAUGCUGAUCUGCUACCUGCUGUUAUACCUGGAUAUAGAAAGCCUUUUCGCCUACUUCCAUAUGGUGUGAAGUCUAAGCUAACUGACGAUGAAAUGACCACGUUAAGGAGACUUGGCAAACCCUUACCAUGCCAUUUUGCCUUGGGUAGAAACAGGAAACAUCAAGGAUUGGCUGCUGCAAUUAUUAAAUUAUGGGAAAGAUGUGAGAUUGUCAAGAUUGCCAUAAAGAGAGGUGUGCAGAAUACUAACAGUGAGAUUAUGGCUGAAGAGAUAAAGCACCUGACUGGUGGGACUCUCCUGGCUCGGGAUAGAGAAUUCAUUGUCUUGUAUAGAGGAAAGGACUUCUUGCCUUCUGCAGUAUCUUCAGCAAUUGAUGAACGGAGAAACAUUGAGUUAUCCAAACUAAAGGCUGAAAGCAGUUCUUCAGAUGCAGUCACUCCAGGCAAGAAACAUGGAGCUAUAGAGUGUGUUUCAGAAGGAAGUGGUACUACCUCCCAGAAGGGUACAGCAAUUGUUGAACAAGGAAUGUUCACUGAUGCUGAGGCAACUAUCAAAAGGAAUAGCAUCAAGUUGUCAAUGGCAUUAGAAAGAAAAGCAAAGGCUGAAAAACUUCUAGCGGAGCUGGAAAAUGCAGAGUGCCCACAAGAAAAAGAAAUUGAUAAAGAGGGUAUUACUGAAGAAGAGAGAUACAUGUUGCGGAAAAUUGGCUUGAAGAUGAAGCCCUUCUUGUUAUUAGGUAGACGAGGGGUUUUUGAUGGAACGGUGGAAAAUAUGCAUCUUCAUUGGAAGUAUAGAGAACUUGUGAAGAUAAUAUGUAAUAAGCGAAGUCCAGAAAUUAUUCAUCAGAUAGCUCAGACCUUAGAGGCAGAAAGUGGUGGAAUAUUAAUUGCAGUAGAGAGAGUGAACAAGGGAUAUGCAGUCAUUGUAUAUCGUGGAAAGAAUUAUAGCAGACCUGCUAGUUUGAGGCCUAAAACGCUUUUGAAUAAAAAAGCUGCCUUGAAGAGAUUCUUAGAGGCACAACGUCGUGAGUCAUUGAAGCUUCAUGUUUUGAAGCUAGAUAAGAAUAUAAAGGACUUGAAACUUAAGAUGGAUAAAGAUAAGGAGGCUAACAGUAAGCAUGAAGCUGAAGGGAUGAGAGUUGACAUGGGAUCUUUCUCAAAUUCCGUAAACUUGAAUUCUCUAAAAGAAGUUUCUAUUGAAAAUCAAGAAUCAAGACAGAAGCAGAUGAUUGAUGAUGAUGGAACUCGUCAAGGUGAAGAAGAAUCUAUGUCUGAUUUGAUUAUUGAAAAGACACAGUUGGAUGGAGUGAGUGUCUCUGCAGUUGAUACCAGGCAUGGUAUCUCUAAUAACAAUCCACCAGAAUCAUCUGACAUGUCAUCAAAAUGUGACCCUGAACCAUCCGUUCCAGUGAAAAAUACGAGUUCAAAAGGGUUGCCUAUUAGACCGGUGUAUCUUUCCAACAGAGAAAGACUUCUUCUAAGAAGGCAAGCCUUAAAGAUGACAAAGCGACCUGUCCUUGCCAUAGGAAAGAGCAAUAUUGUUACUGGUGUUGCAAAAGCAAUCAAGACUCAUUUCCAGAAGCACCCUCUUGCCAUAGUUAAUAUUAAAGGAAGGGCAAAAGGCACCUCAGUUCAGGAGGUGGUGUUCAAGCUAGAGCAAGCAACUGGUGCCGUAUUAGUCUCUCGGGAGCCAAACAAAGUUAUACUUUAUAGGGGUUGGGGGGCAGGAGAGAAACCUAGAACCAAAAUAAAUGAUAUAGAAGUUGAAGAGGGAGAAACUUCUAAGCCUACUGUCUCUCCUGAACUGUUGGAAGCCAUCAAAGUUGAAUGUGGAUUGUUGAGAGUGAUGAAUUCAUAAAGAAAUUGGGAAUAGUGGGUGCUGCAAAUUGGAAAUUAUUUGAGGGCCAUAAGUUUACUUACGUAAGAAAACCCAGCAAAAACCAGCAGGAACCAGAAGAAAUAAGGGACAAUAGGAUCGAUCCCCCAGUGCCUGUUGUCUGUGUUAACCCGGCAAACAUUUUUCUUCCUGGGACUGAAUUUAAAUGUCUCAUGUAUAUAAACGUUACCAGGCAAUGGCUUUAGUCAUUUCCUACUUUGCAAGCUCCAUUGUUUUUUGUUAUGCCUCAAGGACUUAACACUCAAAAGUUCAGUCAUUAUAAGCUGUAAAAGACAGAAGAAAGGAAGAGAAUAUUGAGGAUAGAAUUAGAAUAGAAUGUGUUAUAUGGAAUUGGAUGCACAGUAAAAGGAAAAAGACCAAGUUUGUUUUUGUCAGAAUAUAUUAGAAUAUUUAUAUAUUAGAUUGUCAGAAUAAAUUAGGAUAUUUGUAUAUUUAGAUUGAUAUUAGAUUGAUACUCUUGUUAAUGAUAGGGUAGUGUAUUGAUAUUAGAUUGUUUAUUAUUUGUAUGUCAAGAGUUCAGUUUUUUU